ACUCGAGGGUUCAUCGACGCCUGAAAUGAUUCUCUCUGUUGGUAAGUUACAUUAAGCAACCAUUGUUGCAGAUCAUAAUAGCUACCAUAGAAACGUUAUGCACCCUUUGUGGCUAGCUAGUAACACAUUCAUCAUUCGCUGACUGCUUAAUAUUAGUAAACAAAACAUGAAUUAUGAAUACAGGCUGAUGUGAUAAACCGUCACAUUUGGGAAUUGCUAGCGCUACGCAUCAGACGUCCUCAGAGCAAUACAUCUGUUUGAUAUAUUUUCUUAGCAUUUUUGUCGCCUUUAACGAUAAAUCUUCAAACAUGCGUGAAUGUAUCUCUAUCCAUGUCGGUCAAGCCGGAGUCCAGAUCGGUAAUGCCUGCUGGGAGUUGUACUGCCUUGAACACGGCAUCCAGCCUGAUGGUCAGAUGCCCUCAGACAAGACCAUCGGAGGUGGUGAUGACUCCUUCAACACAUUCUUCAGUGAGACUGGGGCUGGAAAGCACGUUCCUCGGGCCGUCUUUGUCGAUCUCGAACCAACUGUUGUCGAUGAGGUACGCACCGGAACCUAUCGCCAGCUUUUCCACCCAGAGCAACUGAUCACCGGAAAAGAGGAUGCUGCCAACAACUAUGCCCGUGGGCAUUACACCGUCGGAAAGGAGCUUAUUGAUAUUGUCCUCGAUAGGAUCAGGAAGCUGGCUGACCAGUGCACAGGUCUUCAAGGAUUCCUUAUCUUCCAUAGUUUCGGUGGUGGCACCGGCUCUGGCUUUACCUCUCUGCUAAUGGAGCGUCUCUCUGUUGACUACGGAAAGAAGUCCAAGCUUGAGUUCGCCGUCUAUCCAGCUCCACAGAUCUCUACUGCCGUUGUAGAGCCCUACAACUCCAUCCUUACCACACACACGACCUUGGAACAUUCCGACUGUGCCUUCAUGGUCGACAACGAGGCCAUCUACGAUAUCUGCCGUCGUAACCUCGACAUCGAGCGUCCCACCUACACCAACCUGAACCGCCUCAUCGGUCAGAUCGUCUCCUCCAUCACUGCUUCUCUUCGAUUCGAUGGCGCCCUCAACGUCGAUCUGACAGAGUUUCAAACUAACUUGGUACCCUAUCCUCGUAUCCAUUUUCCACUGGCUACCUAUGCUCCAGUUAUUUCUGCCGAGAAGGCAUACCACGAGCAGCUCUCUGUUGCUGAGAUCACCAACGCUUGCUUCGAGCCCGCCAACCAGAUGGUGAAGUGCGAUCCUCGUCAUGGUAAAUACAUGUCAUGUUGCAUGCUGUACCGAGGUGAUGUCGUCCCAAAGGAUGUCAAUGCUUCCAUUGCAACCAUCAAGACCAAGCGUACAAUCCAGUUCGUUGACUGGUGUCCAACUGGCUUCAAGGUCGGUAUCAACUACCAACCACCCACUGUCGUUCCCGGUGGUGACCUUGCCAAGGUCCAACGUGCUGUCUGCAUGUUGAGCAACACAACAGCAAUCGCCGAAGCCUGGGCCCGUCUUGACCACAAGUUCGAUCUGAUGUACGCCAAGCGUGCUUUCGUCCAUUGGUACGUCGGAGAGGGUAUGGAGGAAGGAGAGUUCUCCGAGGCCCGUGAAGAUUUAGCUGCUCUUGAGAAAGAUUAUGAAGAGGUCGGAGUUGAUUCCGUCGAUGCAGAGGGCGAGGAAGAGGAAGGGGAUGAGUACUAGAUAGAGAUUUCAUCAUCUAUUCUUAGUUUGAUUAAUAUUUUUGGUUUUUUUAACACAACAUCGUUAUAAACCUGUUUCUUCAUUUAGUACAGCUCCAAUUUGCGGCUCACGUUUGUUUACAGACCUCGUUACAAACAAAAGUACUCCGACUUGGUAAUUUUUCGUAUUUAUGAUGAAAUUUAAUUACAUUACAGAUACUUUAAUACAGAAUUGUUUGCAAACUCAAUAAUCAAAAUCAAUAUUUCUUAUGUCAGUGAUUCAGUAAAGCAGUGGCCUUCCCUAUCGCUUUACAAACAAUUAAAUGUGAGCCCAAAUUUAUCCCCCCCUCAAAAAAAAGAAAAUCAGGAAAGUAUUUUGCGUAAUAAAGUUUUAAAAAUAUGAGAAGGGUUAAGUUAAAUAAGAUGCAGAAGGGCUGAAUAAAAGAAUUUAUAUGAAUAUUUCCAGGUAUCAAAUGCAAUAAAAUAAUUUUAUUUCAACCCGA